GACUUAAUAAUUGUCAAAGUUACAAACUGUCUGAAUCUGUCGUUUGUAUUACAAAGCAAAAUAUUCUGUCGUUGAAUCUUGUAAAGUCGUUCUAGCUUAAAAUACAAACAUGUCUGCAAGAUACGAUCGUGCUAUAACCGUAUUUUCCCCUGAUGGUCAUUUAUUGCAAGUAGAAUAUGCACAAGAGGCUGUAAGGAAGGGCUCCACUGCGGUCGGCGUACGUGGGAACGAUGUCGUAGUCUUGGGAGUUGAGAAAAAAUCUGUGGCUAAACUCCAAGAGGAACGUACAGUAAGAAAGAUCUGCUUACUAGAUGAUCAUGUUGUUAUGGCCUUUGCUGGGCUCACAGCAGAUGCUAGGAUCCUCAUAAACAGGGCCCAAAUUGAAUGUCAAUCACACAAACUGACUGUAGAAGAUCCAGUUACUUUGGAAUACAUUACACGUUACAUUGCAAGUCUUAAACAGAAGUACACCCAGAGCAAUGGCAGACGUCCUUUUGGAAUGUCAUGUUUGAUUGGUGGAUUUGACUAUGAUGGAGUUGCUCACCUGUAUCAAACAGAACCAUCUGGAAUUUAUUAUGAAUGGAAGGCAAAUGCCACUGGCAGAUCUGCAAAAACUGUUAAGGAAUUUUUGGAGAAAUACUAUACUGAUGAAGAAGUUUCCACUGAAAAUGGAACUGUUAAGUUAGCAAUCAGAGCUCUGCUGGAAGUUGUACAAUCUGGCCAAAAGAAUUUGGAAAUUGCUGUAAUGAGAAGGGGACAGAAGAUGAAGAUGCUUGACAGUGCAACUAUUGAGGAAUAUGUUACACAAAUUGAGAAAGAAAAGGAGGAAGAAGCUGAAAAGAAGAAGCAGAAGAAGUGAUUUCAUUUAAUAUUUGUAUUUAAUAUAAUUUAAAAUAAAAUUCUUUUUUUUUUAA